AUGAAGCAGCCGCUCUCCACCCUGAUGGAGUUGCAGCGGCUGAAGUACGAGUGCAUUGUGCCCGGGUCCUUCAACAUGCGCCUGUACCAGCGGACCGAGUUCGGGGGUCAGAUGAUGGACCUGGCGGACGACUGUCCCAGCGUCUUGGACCGCUUCCACGUCAACGACAUCUUCUCCUGCAACGUCACCGACGGCAACUGGCUCUUCUACGAGCACCCCGACUACCGGGGCCGGAUGUACCUGAUCAGGCCCGGAGACUACAUCAGGUUCAGCGAGUGGGGCGGCAGGAGCGCCAAGGUCGGCUCCAUCAGGCGCAUCCUGGACUACUGA